CAAAUGAAAUAAAAAUUAAUUUAAAAUAAAAAAUAAAGAUAUAUUAUAACCUUGCUGUGUAGUGGCGGUUAAGAAUAUCCACUACCCAAUAUCUUCCCGUGGAUGUCGUAAAAGGCGACAGUGGGAAACGGUCAGGAGAUGGGCAGCAGCAUCUUCCUGAUACCGCAGUUUUAAAUUAUGAUAUUGAUGUAUAUCACAGAGGGCGCCCCCCCCCCCCCUACACUCCUAUAGUGGCCUAGCGACCCGGGAGGCGUCUCCCUGCUCCUAUUGUCGAGCAUCCGACCACCGGGCGGCGUCGUGCCCUAAGUUGUGGUGCAAGCCUGCUACGGCGAGGCGAACCAUCGCCAGGGAGCACCGCUGGUGCUACACGUGCCUGGGGAGUCAUUUACGAGACUACCAGCACCAGCAGCCCUGCACGCACUGCCAGGGCAACCACCACACAUCAAUUAAAAACUGCGGUUGCCAACGCGCUCACCAAGCGUGGUAACUAUGGCAAUAUACUCCCCAAAUGAAUAAAGUUACUAAAAGACGGCCCCAGUCCCGUGGCGACCAUGGUAACGGCGGGGCAGGGGGUGCUAAGAAUCUCCGGUGGAGGUUCGGUUGCCACCUACGACGACUCGACCUGGCAACUUAUAACGCGCGCACCACUCACGAGGACUGACGAGAAGAUCCUGGAGCUGGAAGAAGAGAUAGACAAGUUGCGCUGGAAUAUUAUAGGACUAUCCGAAGUCCGAAGAGAGGGGGAGGACACGGUAAUCCUCGAAUCCGGCAACUUGUUCUAUCACCGGGAAGGUGACCAUGUGUCCCAAAGAGGUGUCGGAUUUAUCGUUGUAAAGAUUGGGAGUGUGUCGACGAGGGUUAUACUUAUACACAGAAUCACCAAACGGUAUUCGCUGAAGGACAUACAGGUUUACGCACCAACCUCGGCGCACCACGAUGAUGAGAUGGAGGAAAUGUAUGAGGAUAUAUUUAGAGCCAUGCAUUCCUCCAAAACUCAAUAUACGGUGUUAAUGGGAGACUUCAACGCAAAACUAGGCACAAGAGAGAACGGUGAGCUGAAAGUUGGGAAAUUCGGAACUGAGCAACGGAGCCCGAGGGGCCACCAGCUGGCAGACUUCAUGGAGAAAGAAGGACUCUUUAUGAAGAACUCUUUCUUCCAGAAGAGGUCCCACAGAAAGUGGACCUGGUCGAGCCCCGACGGUUCGACAAAAAAUGAGAUUGACUUCAUUAUGACGACCAGACGACAACUGUUCAGUGAUGUCUUAGUGAUCGCGAGGGUGAAAACCGGCAGCGAUCAACGAAUGGUGAGAGGCACACUGAACCUAAACGUUAAGUCGGAGAGGUCACGUCUAAUGAAGUCAACAAUCCGUUCCCCUCGUGCUCUAAUCCAAAGUCCCGAAACCUUUCAGCUCGAGUUACAAAACCGUUUUCAGUGCCUAGAAGAUUGAAAUGCAGUGGACAAUAUGAAUGGCAAGCUCGUGGAAACUGUCCAUGCGGUCGGAGCUAAGUUUAGGAAGAUUUGCCGCAGAAGAACACAAAAACUCUCCGAUCACACUCUUAAUCUUAUGACUGUUUGAUGGGGUGUGAAGCUGCAGUCUUCAGUAGAUUUCACAGCAUUCAGGCAACUGAACAGACAGAUGACUGCAUGCGACUGGACUUACGCAACUUUAAUACAGCUCGUAUUGAAGAAACGAUCAAGUGGAACCAGGGCUUCAAAGUCUUUGCUAGAGAUCUGUCUGUCAGAAAGAGCCAACUGUCAAAGCUGAAUACCGAGUGUGGCAGCGUCGUUUCCGGGACACCUGAGAUUUUGAUUGAGAUUGAGAGGUUCUAUGGGCAGCUGUACACGUCAUCGUUGGAGCCACAUGCAAGUGUGAGUAACAAUCCAAGAGCGAGUCUUAUCCGAUACUAUUCCGAUGAUAUCCUGGACGUCAGUCUGAGCGAGAUCAGAAUGGCUCUCCAGCACCUUAUAAUUGGCAAGGCCCCAGGCGAGGAUGAAAUUAGAGCGGAGCUUCUGAAAGCGGGUGGAAAAACGGUACUUGAAGUCCUUCAGAAGCUCUUUAAUUCCGUCCUCCAUGGUGGCAUUACACCGGAGGCGUGGAGCAGAAGUGCGGUGGUCUUGUUCUUUAAGGUGACAAUGCUCUCUUGAAGAACUACAGACCGAUUUCCGUUCUGAGCCGCGUCUACUUGCUGUUUUUGAGAGUCAUUACUAAUCGUCUCGCGCGCAGACUUGACAACUUCCAGCCUCCCGAACAAGCCGGUUUCCGAAAGGGCUUUAGCACCAUAGACCACAUACAUACCCUUUGGCAACUUUUACAGAAGUAUUUUUGUGAAGUGAAAUGAAGUGUGAAGUGCUUGUACAGUAGGGCUACGAAUGCUAUCCGAGUACAGAACCAGAGUACGAAACCUAUCCAAUUGCAGAGAGGUGUAAGACAGGGUGAUGUUAUAUCCGUGAAACUCUUCACCGCUGCAUUGGAAAACGUUUCCAAGCUUCUGGACUGGAAAGGAUACGAUAUUAACAUCAAUGGUGAGUACAUCACUCACCUUCGAUGUGCCGACGAUAUAGUGCUUAUGGCACAAUUGCUGGAGGAUCUAUGCUCAAUGACCUCAAAAGUGUCUCCCAACGGAUAGGUCUAUGUCGGUAAUUGUUGGGAGCACUAAGCUCGAAUGUUGACGAGUAUGUUUCCCUGGGACAAAUAGUCCGAAUAGGUAAGUCCAACUUCGACCGAGAGGUCAAUCGACGGAUUCAACUCGGUUGGGCAGCGUUCGGCAAAUUACGGCACAUCUUCUCGUCAGGUAUACCUCAAAACUUAAAAACGAGACUGCACAACCAACGCGUGUUGCCAGUGAUGACUUAUGGAACUGAGACGUGGUCCUUCACUGCUGGCCGUAUGAGGAAGCUCAAGGUCGCUCAGCGAGCUAUGGAGAGGGCUAUGCUCGGAGUUUCUCUGCGUGAUAAACUCAGAAAUGAGGAUAUCCGCAGUAGAACCAGAGUGACCGACAUAGCCCAAUGGAUUAGUAAGCUGAAGUGGCAAUGGGCCGGCCAUAUAGCUCGAAGAACCGACAACCGAUGGGGAAAAAAGAUUCUCGAGUGGCGGCCUCGUACCGGCGGACGAAGUAUAGGGUAUCCCCUCACUAGAUGGAGUCACGACCUGGUAAGACAUGCAGGAAGUUGAUGGAUGCAGGUGACUCAGGAGCGUGCUUUGAGGCAUUCCUUGGGGAAGGCCUAUGUUCAGCAGUGGACUUGUGAAGGGCUGUAAUAAUAAUGAUAAAUGAUGAUAACCUUCUUUAUACUCGUAUAUUAAAAUAAAUAAUAUUGUUAUAAAAAAAAAAAUUCUUAAAUAUUUAGCCUUUUACCCACAAAAUUUGCAUUUGCAAUGACGUAGUCAGUGGCGGUACAUCUCUCUUCAAUUGUAGAAAGGGGGCAGGAGGAUUGUUAAUCGCUCAAUUGUCAAUAUUCUACAUUUGGCUCAAACAAAUACUGUACGUUUUGUCUUAGAAGCUGUUUAAAAAAAAACAGUCCAACUAUUUAUGAACCGUUGAAAGUAUUUUCGUUUUAAGUUAUUCUAAGUUUCUGAAUGAAUAAUUUGUAAUUUAAAAUGUUUUUACCUCGCACGUAAUAAAACGGAUGGUAUAAAAUUCUUUUUAGUACGUAUGUACGUAGUACGUAUGUACGUACAAAACGUUUCUUGAAUAGGUAAAGGAAUUUCAUUUAACGUCGCUCACAUAAUUAAAACUUUUUAACUUGCCAUAUUCCCUGACCCGGGUCAUGCUGUUGGUCGUAUUUAAAACCUAAUUAUUCAAUAAAUGUUUUUCAUUCACUAACUCGUUUAUGAUUCAGAUAUCUACCGAGGCAUUUUAGAGUGGCAAGGUUGGACAUCGCCUGCUAGGGUUUCAUAUUCAGCAUACAUAAUACAUAUGCUGCUGAUCAGAUCAAUUACUGGAACAAGAACUACGUUGAUUCACGUUACGUUUCCAUACUUUGUAUUAAUACAAGUCGGCACUGGUCUGCUUUGUUAUUUAGUCGCGUUUCCUUUCUGGCUACUGAUUGAAGCUCCGAUUGCACAACUCGUCAAACUCAUAAUGCCAAUGAAGGAUAUCGAGAAAGUGAAGUCGAACUAAAACUUACACAAAAUAAAUUAAGCAUUAAACACCAUUAUCUUAAAAUAUCGUCAUAUUAUGUGCUAAUUUAGAUGUUAUUAUUAUUGAUAACUUAAAAUCGACACUUAUCUAUUGUUUAAUAUAGAAUAUUGUUUAAUAACUUUUUUUAAUUCAUUUAUGUGUGACUUUUGUAAAUUUAAAUAACUAUAAAAAUAAAUCCCGGGUAAUAUUUAUACAAAUCUGUAAUUAAUAAUGUAGUUUGUAUUUUCUAGUUAUUAUUAGGAAGACGCUGCUGUUUAUAUACUGGUUGGAAGACAUAAUCAAAUAAAAUAAAAAUAUUAAUAUCUGUCU